AUGCUCAGCCUCCCGGAGACAUUCACCCAGUUCACCGAGCUUGGCGAGGCAGAUAUCGGCACCCUGCAUGGCGACCAUGUCUCUGUCGUGGUGAUUCAUAUCAGGAAUGCCAGGCUUCUCAGGAACGAUUGGGCACCUGCCGUGCAGAUCCUCCAGGAUCAAUGGCACGCCGAUGGGAAGCCGCUGGGUGGGGUUCUCUCGACCAGGGAUUCCUGUCGAUUCUACACUGAGCCCACGGCCGGGGACGGCCCGCCGCAGCGCUUGGAGCACCAGGGUCGCAGCGAGUUUGCGCCCCCCGUGGAUGACGAGCACCCAGAGGUGCUUUUGGCUUUUCUCUGGACAUGCCUGGAUGGGUGUGGGGCUUCGGGUCUUGGAGUCGACCCGUCUUAA